UUGGGUCAGUGAUGAAGACGUCCUGUUCUUCAUCUGUAGAGCCUGAAACGCCGUCAGCCCAACCCGGGCAGAUAAAACAGCUUCAGAUCUCCAGGAAAGACUUUCCAUAAAGUGUAGGAGUUUCUUUGUGGAAAUUAUUGACUGUUGAUCAUUUGUGAGGUCAGACUCUGAUGUUGGAUGAGAAAACUUGCAGUUUCUAAUUCCUAACAGGUGUUUUUGUGCUCCUUCUGCACCUGUUUUUGUUCAUUAUGUCUUUUAUGUGUAUUUUCUGACUUUAUGCCAGAAAAAAAGGUUCUCAUCUUGCUGACCUUUUUAAUAGUUUAAUAUUUUUUGCUUUAUUUUAUUUUUAAUUGCUUUGUUUCUUUGUUUCAACACUUACAAACAAAAUCCCAUGAGAUUCAAAUGUAAGAUUUUUCACCUGUUAGCAGAUUUUACAGGUUUCACUGUUUUUCGUCUGUUUGCUUGUUUUGCUAGUGUUUCUGGUUGCCAUGGAGACCCUGGCUCACCUUGUUCCAGGUGUUACUGUGUCAUAUUGAUCUAUCUGGAAUAUUUUUUAAAACAUCUGUUGAGGAGGUAACUUUACCAGCAGGAUGUGGUUAUAGUUUUUUCACUCCUUUGAUGUUUUUUUUUUUAAAUCGAUUUUAUUGUUUUUUUCCUUUUCAGUGGUUGAAUCUUGUACAUUAUUUCAUUUUUGUCAAUUUCUUCUGGUUUUCUAUGACAGUAGUUUGAAAGUUGUCUGUGAAAUACUUUAUAUGUUUUCAUAUCAAUAAUGUUUGGUCAGUUUUCAUCCUGUUUUGAUCUUUUUGGACCCAGGAAGUCAGAGCUGAGACCUCUGCAGGUAAAGCAAACAGCGCCCCCUGUCUGCGGUGAAUUCCUUUGACUUCCGGUCAGAAUCGGACUCUCAUCUCCUCUCUGCUCCUCCCACCUGCUGGAUAAAACCUCCAGUUUCACUGCGACCCGCGUCUCCUGCGCCAUGUUUCCGCUGCGGCUCCUCUCUUUGAUCUUCGUCUCCUCGGCAACAGUUGACCCUUCACCUGAGGAGGAGGAGGAGAAGGAGGAUAAUGAGGAGGAGAAGAGCAGGUAUGACCUGGUGUUCAUGAGGGGAGACCUGCUGGAAGUCCCCCGGACUCUCUUCACUCAUUUUGGGAUUUACCUGGGAGGAGGCAGAGUGGCUCAUUUCAUCCCCGACAUCAUGCCCGUCGUCUCCACUAACCAGUUUCGGCUCAAACAGAUGGUCACCAACACCAGACUCAUACUGGGAGUACUGGCUAAGUGUGGCAGCGUGAGGGUGGACUCAGUGGAGGACUUCGCCUACGGAGCCGAGAUAAUCCUCAACCCCAUGGACAAGAUGUGCAGCUGUCCAGCGCUGCAGGGGGAGGAGGCGGCCCGGCGGGCCGAGAAGCUGCUGGGAGACGUGGCCUACAGCCUCCUGUGGUACAACUGCGAACACUUCGUCAUGUACUGCCGAUACGGCACCGUCAUGAGCUUCCAGACCUUCCAGUUCUGUAAGACGGUGAGGAAACUGUUGCUGAGUCGAGGCGUUGCCAAGGUUACGGCAGUGCUGGCUGCUUGUCUGCUGGUCUACCUGCGGGUUUUGAACACCUGGUCGGUCCUGCUGGCGGUUCUGCUGCCCUUCCUCCUCUGGAUGGCCUCCUGAUUGGACACACUGACCCGGACCCUGACCCGGAUCCUCAGAGAUGAUUUAUUUUGACCAGCAGUCCAAUCUGAAGCUUAAAUUAGUCCUGAUUGUUUUCAUCACAGAAUCUUUCAUUGUUUAUGAUUUAUAAUAGAUCCCAAACAUAUCCUGUUAAAUAAAAACUUAUUUAUUUA